AUGGCUCCUACAUUAUUAUGGAUUGGUCUCGGGAACAUGGGGAGGGGCAUGAGCAAGAACAUUGUUGAGAAGGGCAACCUAGACGGACCUCUGCUCCUGUACAACCGCUCUACCAAGAGGACAGCUGACUUUAGUGCUACACUCCCCGACGGCAAAACUGAAGUUAUCGAGUCCCUUGCCGAUGGUGUCGCAAGAGCAGAUGUUAUCUUCUCCUGUAUUGCCAAUGAUGAGGCUGUCCAGGAGACUUAUAAAACAAUGCUUGAGAGCGAUGUCAAAGGCAAGCUCUUCAUCGAGAGUUCAACUAUCCACCCAGAGACAACCGAAGCCAUCGCCAAAGAUGUCAUCGCCAAGGGCGCCGAGUUUGUUGCCGCACCUGUGUUUGGUGCCCCUGAGAUGGCCGAAGCUGGUCAGCUUGUCGGGGUGCUUGCUGGACCUGCUGCCAGUGUCACAAAAGCCAAGGCGUGGUUCCAGGGCGUCACCUCCAAGGCCGAUAUUGACCUUUCCGAUCAGCCGUACAGCAAGGCUUUGACUCUCAAGGUCCUCGGAAACACCUUCAUUUUGAACAUGGCCGAGCAGCUCGCCGAGGCUCAUGUUGCGGCGGAAAAGACUGGACUAGGCACUGAAGCCAUCCAUCAAUUUGUCAAAUCGGUUUUUGGAGGACCUUAUGCCUCCUAUAGCGAGCGUAUGUUGACUGGAGAUUAUUACAAGCGCGAUGAGCCCCUUUUCGCUGUCGAACUGGCAAGAAAGGAUGCUCGACAUGCUAUGAGUUUGGCCAAGUCUGCUGGUGUUCAGCUUCGAAAUGUCGAGGCCGCAGACGCACAUCUGGCAAUGGCCUUUGACCACGUUGGUUCAUCUGCAGACAUGGCUGGUAUUUACGGAGCUGUUCGUAAAGAGUCUGGUCUCGAUUAUGAAAACAAUGCCUAG